UUUAUUUUCUCUUGAGAGUGCCGAGUCUAUAUGUCUCUGAUUUCAAUCUGUCUGCUUCAUGCCCUAAUCCUGAAUCAUCCUAUUGUUGACUGUCACCUUUGUAAAGAAUCUACCAAUGAAUGGAUAGAUACAAUUAUUGUAAAAACAUCUUCAAAACGCUUAUCUGAGAAUUUUACUAUUUUGUGGAUCCGGUCUUCUGAUUCAGCACCCGGUCAGUACAGCCAGUGGGAGAUCUGCACUGUCAGUGUCAAUGUAUCGAUCAGUACAGCCAGUGGGAGAUCUGCACUGUCAGUGUCAAUGUAUCGAUCAGUACAGCCAGUGGGAGAUCUGCACUGUCAGUGUCAGUGUAUCGAUCAGUACAGCCAGUGGGAGAUCUGCACUGUCAGUGUCAAUGUAUCGUUCAGUACAGCCAGUGGGAGAUCUGCACUGUCAGUGUCAAUGUAUCGAUCAGUACAGCCAGUGGGAGAUCUGCACUGUCAGUGUCAAUGUAUCGAUCAGUACAGACAGUGGGAGAUCUGCACUGUCAGUGUCAAUGUAUCGAUCAGUACAGCCAGUGGGAGAUCUGCACUGUCAGUGUCAAUGUAUCGAUCAGUACAGCCAGUGGGAGAUCUGCACUGUCAGUGUCAAUGUAUCGAUCAGUACAGCCAGUGGGAGAUCUGCACUGUCAGUGUCAAUGUAUCGAUCAGUACAGCCAGUGGGAGAUCUGCACUGUCAGUGUCAAUGUAUCGAUCAGUACAGCCAGUGGGAGAUCUGCACUGUCAGUGUCAAUGUAUCGAUCAGUACAGCAAGUGGGAGAUCUGCACUGUCAGUGUCAAUGUAUCGAUCAGUACAGACAGUGGGAGAUCUGCACUGUCAGUGUCAAUGUAUCGAUCAGUACAGCCAGUGGGAGAUCUGCACUGUCAGUGUCAAUGUAUCGAUCAGUACAGCCAGUGGGAGAUCUGCACUGUCAGUGUCAAUGUAUCGAUCAGUACAGCCAGUGGGAGAUCUGCACUGUCAGUGUCAAUGUAUCGAUCAGUACAGCCAGUGGGAGAUCUGCACUGUCAGUGUCAAUGUAUCGAUCAGUACAGACAGUGGGAGAUCUGCACUGUCAGUGUCAAUGUAUCGAUCAGUACAGCCAGUGGGAGAUCUGCACUGUCAGUGUCAAUGUAUCGAUCAGUACAGCCAGUGGGAGAUCUGCACUGUCAGUGUCAAUGUAUCGAUCAGUACAGCCAGUGGGAGAUUUGCACUGUCAGUGUCAAGAUCAGUACAGCCAGUGGGAGAUCUGCACUGUCAGUGUCAAUGUAUCGAUCAGUACAGCCAGUGGGAGAUCUGCACUGUCAGUGUCAAUGUAUCGUUCAGUACAGCCAGUGGGAGAUUUGCACUGUCAGUGUCAAUGUAUCGGUCAGUACAGCCAGUGGGAGAUCUGCACUGUCAGUGUCAAUGUAUCGAUCAGUACAGCCAGUGGGAGAUCUGCACUGUCAGUGUCAAUGUAUCGAUCAGUACAGCCAGUGGGAGAUCUGCACUGUCAGUGUCAAUGUAUCGAUCAGUACAGCCAGUGGGAGAUCUGCACUGUCAGUGUCAAUGUAUCGAUCAGUACAGACAGUGGGAGAUCUGCACUGUCAGUGUCAAGAUCAGUACAGCCAGUACAGCCAGUGCACUGUCAGUGUCAAUGUAUCGAUCAGUACAGCCAGUGGGAGAUCUGCACUGUCAGUGUCAAUAUAUCGACCAGUACAGCCAGUGGGAGAUCUGCACUGUCAGUGUCAAUGUAUCGAUCAGUACAGCCAGUGGGAGAUUUGCACUGUCAGUGUCAAGAUCAGUACAGCCAGUGGGAGAUCUGCACUGUCAGUGUCAAUGUAUCGAUCAGUACAGCCAGUGGGAGAUCUGCACUGUCAGUGUCAAUGUAUCGUUCAGUACAGCCAGUGGGAGAUUUGCACUGUCAGUGUCAAUGUAUCGGUCAGUACAGCCAGUGGGAGAUCUGCACUGUCAGUGUCAAUGUAUCAUUCAGUCAGUCAGUGGAAUUUGUCCACAGACACAACAUGCCCAAUCCUUCUGGCUUAUUAUUUGAGUGUUACUCGUUUGAGGUCUUGUCUGAGUUCACUGAUUGAUCUUGUCAUCAGUUCAAUGUUGUUGGAAUGGUCACCCACAUUCUCUUUCUGACGUUACAGUACAAAUGGAUCAGAUUUUUAUGAUUCAUCUUGUUUCUUUUUCUGUAGAUAUUUUUGUUGUAUUUAUUCCUGAAAGCUCAGGCCAUGUUCUAUUUCUGAGAGUAAAAAGAAGACAGGAAGCUGCACCAAACUGUGCUCUUAUGACCGUAACCAUGUGUUGCUUUUCUCCCUAUGUUUUUCUGUUUGCUGGACUAGGCUCCAUCAUGCGCUGUGCUCCACGUCAUGACUGCUGUGUGUAUGUAUAGCUCUGUCUGUCUGUCGUGCACUUUUAAUCAUGAUGAUGAUUUUAUAAAAGUCCUCUUCACGCCAGGUUCAACUGGGGGGUAACUUGGCGUGUGUUCUCUGCAGUUUAAAAAAAUAAUUUGACAGUACCCUUUGCGUAUUUUUUUUCUCAGUGUCUUUCAUUCUGUUUGGGUUUAGUGUAUUUACACAUGGCUGUGCAGUCUGACACAAUGGCCCAACUCCCGACUAAAAUGAAGUCAUUCUGUUGAUGAACCCAUAACGGAACAUUUCAGAGUAUGUUCUGGGUCUAGAACAGAGUGGCUUCUCGUUCUAGAACAGAGUGGCGUCUAGUUCUAGAACAGAGUAUGUUCUGGGUCUAGAACUCAGUGGCUUCUAGUUCUAGAACAGAGUAGAUUCUAGUUCUAGAACAGAGUAUGUCCUGGGUUUAGAACAGAGUAUGUCCUGGGUCUAGAAAAGGGUGGCUUCUAGUUCUAGAACAGUGGCGCCUAGUUCUAGAUCAGAGUGGCGCCUAGUUCUAGAUCAGAGUGGCGCCUAGUUCUAGAUCAGAGUGGCGCCUAGUUCUAGAACAGAGUGGCGCCUAGUUCUAGAACAGAGUGGCGCCUAGUUCUAGAACAGAGUGGCAUCUAGUUCUAGAACAGAGUGGCAUCUAGUUCUAGAACAGAGUGGUUUCUGGUUCUGGAACUCUUGGCUUAGACAUGCAGUAGCAUAUGACAUAAGCCAGAGCCACUUUUCUGCUCAAGUGGUUUUGGAAUAAAUGGCUCCUGCUCAAGUGGUUUUGGAAUAAAUGGCUCCUGCUCAAGUGGUUUUGGCCAUGUAUUCCAAAAUGAUUUUAUUGUAGUUCAUAAUUCCAUGUGUUCCAAUUCCCUGAUGUUUUAUUUUUUUAACCUUUAUUUAACCAGGCAAGUCAGUUAAGAACAAAUUCUUAUUUUCAAUGACGGCCUAGAAACAGUGGCUUAACUGCCUGUUCAGGGGCAGAACGACAGAUUUGUACCUUGUCAGCUCGGGGACUUGACUUGCAACCAUUCGGUUACUAGUCCAACGCUCGAACCACUAGGCUACCCUGCCGCCCCGUCAUAUCGUACACGUGCCUUUUGGAUUUUAAUUUGGCUUGCAGCUAUCCAAAUAUAUAAUGAUAAAAUAAGCAUUUCAAAAGAGGAUGUCUCUGGAAAGUCUUUUUUCAUGUACCAUGUGUUUCAACUGCUGUUCAAAUAACUGUAUGUGAGGGAAAUGUAUUGUUUGUUUUAUAAAUCAUACAGUUUUUUUUUAUUUUAAAUCAAAGAUCUUUGUAAAUGACCAUAACUUGGAAGGCUGUGCUUUGAAUACAACUAAUUAGAGAAAGUAGUAUUUUAUUGAACAGACCCAUUGAGUUUUUUGCUUUUGCAAAAAAAUGUAUUAAAGUAAUAUGAAAACUG